CAGAAUCGACAGGUAACCAUGCCUGUGAAGUUGGAUCCACCUCCUCCUGCGAAUUCCAAACAACUUGGGGUUACAACAACUUUGCUGUACAAUGGAUCACGGUUUCAGGGUCACCAGAAAAGCAAAGGAAACUGUUAUGAUGUGGAAGUUGUUUUACAGCAUGUGGAUAUGGAAAGCUCCUACUUGUGCGGGUAUUUGAAGAUUAAAGGACUGACAGAAGAGUAUCCAACUUUGACCACUUUUUUUGAUGGGGAAAUAAUCAGCAGAAAACAUCCUUUCCUUACAAGGAAAUGGGAUGCAGAUGAGGAUGUAGACAGGAAGCAUUGGGGGAAAUUUUUAUCAUUCUACCAGUUUGCAAAGACUUUUAAUUCUGAUACAUUUGAUUAUGAAGAUUUAAAGACAACAGAUUAUGUAUUCAUGAGAUGGAAGGAACAUUUUCUGGUGCCAGACCACACUAUUAAAGACAUAAAUGGAGCAUCUUUUGCUGGAUUUUAUUAUAUCUGCUUUCAAAAGUCUACAUCAACAAUAGAAGGCUACUACUAUCAUAGAAGUUCUGAAUGGUUUCAAUCACUCAAUCUAAUUCAUGUGCCAGAACACAGUAUACCAGUAUAUCAGUUCAGAUGACAUCACGAGUCCUCCAACUCACUGUGAUACCUAUUUAUUGUGUACAUUGUAUCGGAGUAUAUGCUGUCAUAACAUGUACCCUAACUUAUCUAUUAGUUUUGCCUUGACAAACUUUAGUAGCAAAAUUGAUGGUUUUUGACAGAAAAAAGUACUGAUAUGUAAUGAGGCAUACUGAAGUAUACUUCACUAAGCAGGACUCGAUGGAUAAAAUAAGUGCGUAAUUGGUGCUCUGAAAUAUAAAACAGGGUCUCCCUGUGGAAAGACCUUUAGUGUGGAGAUGCAAGGAAUUCUAUUGAGGAAGGAAUGGCUAGAAUGUGUGUAGUUAUUGAUUGUAAUAGAUUGUUGCAUUUUGCUUUCGUGCAUGUGUAUACAUCAUAUGAUCCGCACAAUAGUUUUCUUAUUGUGUAUGUUUUCAGAUUUUGUGAAUAUUAAGCUAUGUUUUAGGACAAACAAUUUACCAAUGCGACAACAGAUGAACAGAAAAUGUGCUAUGUGUUGAUUUAUCUGUGUGAUUGUUAUGAGAGUUAUUGAAAGAUGAAACAUGCUUAGUAAGUAUGUAACCUGAUGUUAAUUAUAAUCUGAUGUAUUCAAAUCAAAGUGUUGCAUACAUCAUGUUAAUUUUUUAAAAAUCAUAAAUGCAGCUUUUCCUGCUUUGGGUAACAUGGACUUUCAGUCGAUGAUAAGUCAAAUAAUAUGAUAUCAGACAGACAGCAUUCUUGCAAUUUUACAAGGCAUGCUUACCCUACUGUCAUGGACGUUGUCCUUGUUCCGCUAAUCCUGGUUCAAUUAUCCUACAGUUAUCUCCCUUCGCUGGUCAGAAGAAGGGAGUGGAUGCCAGGUUAUGGGUAGAAAUGCUAUAUUUUGUAUGUAAAAUUAUGUGCAGGCAGUAUAGUAGUACAUAUUCUACAUUACUCUGUGUUUGCAUAUUAUCAAUGGCUUUAAUUUGAAAUAUGUAAAUUGCAAAAAUAACAUGUUUCUGUUUUUAUAAAUGAUGCAAUUUUCCUCA